GCCCUCCUUUCCGCCUGGCUCCGCGACGCUGGAAACUUUGCGGGCGGCGCAGUCGGUGGCGGCGGCUCCCGCAGCGCCGAGCACCCCCCGGGACCCCCCGCUCCUCCCCGGCAGCAGCGCGGCCCCGCACCCCGGCCCCGCACCCCGACAUCGCCCAGCCCCGCAGCGCUGGGGCACCGCGGCCUUUGCGCGCCCCUCCGCGCCAUGCGCGCCCGCUGAGCCGCAGCGGUAGGCGGCUGCUCCGCAUUGAGCUCCGGUCUCGCCGGUUCUAAUCGCUUUUCUUGUCCGGGGUGGUUGUUUGUGUUGUCGGUCGGUGUUUUUCCUGCCGCUCCGCAGGCGCCAGGCGGAGGCCGCGGCCCGCGGUGAGGGCGGGCGCUCCGCGGGGCGGCGAUGGGCGCGGCGGCGGCGGCGGGCGGGCGCUCCGCGGGGCGCUGAGCGGGCGCGCAGCGGGCGCGGGGCCGCGCCAUGGCCGCCAAGGACAACCCCUGCAGGAAGUUCCAGGCCAACAUCUUUAACAAGAGCAAGUGCCAGAACUGCUUCAAGCCCCGCGAGUCGCACCUGCUCAACGACGAGGACCUCAACCAGGCCAAACCCAUUUAUGGUGGCUGGCUGCUGCUGGCCCCGGAAGGAACGGACUUUGACAACCCUGUCCAUCGCUCCCGGAAAUGGCAGCGUCGGUUCUUCAUCCUCUACGAGCACGGGCUGCUGCGCUACGCCCUGGACGAGAUGCCAACAACCCUCCCGCAGGGCACCAUCAACAUGAACCAGUGCACAGAUGUGGUGGACGGGGAGAGCCGGACAGGGCAGAAGUUCUCCUUGUGCAUCCUGACGCCGGAGAAGGAGCACUUCAUCCGGGCUGAGAACAAGGAGAUCAUCAGCGGGUGGCUGGAGAUGCUGAUAGUCUAUCCAAGGACAAACAAGCAAAAUCAGAAGAAGAAGAGGAAGGUAGAGCCCCCAACUCCCCAGGAGCCUGGUCCCGCGAAGAUGGCUGUGACCAGCAGCAACAUCCCCAGUGCAGAGAAGAUCCCUGCCACCAAAUCCACACUUUGGCAGGAAGAAAUGAGGGGCAAAGACCAAGCGGACGGGGGCAGCGGCAUCAGCCCAGCGCAGAGCCCAGUGCAAGGCCAGGCUGGGGCUGCCAGCUCCCUGAAGGAUUCUGUGCUGGACAGCAAAGAAGACGAGAGCUCCAUGAACGGAGACCGGAUAGACUGCGGGCGGAAGACUCGUGUCGAGAGCGGGUACUUUUCCUUGGAGAAGACCAAACAAGACUCAAAGCUGGAAGAGCAGCAGCUGCCGCCCCCACCGAGCCCCCCCAGCCCCAGCACCCCGAACAACAGGUACAGUUAUCCCAAAUCGCCCUCACAGGAGCAUGCCCAGCCCUUUCCUUCCCCAGGUACCCAAGCAGGCGACCGAAUGAGUCACAGCUUCUCUCUGAACUCCUUGGACUCGAAGAGCAGUUGCCCCAUGCACAAGGACUCCAGCAACAGAGAUGUAGGAAGGGGAGCUGAAAAAUCGGGGCGUCCCCUUUCUUUUAAAGCCAGCCGGCAGUACACCACCCUGGCCGACGUUCCCAAGGCCAUUAGGAUCAGUAAUCGGGAGGCCUUCCAGGUGGAGAGGAAGCGGCUAGAACGGAGAACCCGGGCCCGUAGCCCUGGGAGAGAAGAAGUGGCCCGGCUCUUUGGCAAUGAGAGAAGGAGAUCCCAGGUAAUUGAAAAAUUUGAGGCAUUAGAUAUUGAGAACGCAGAGCACAUGGAAACGAACGUGUCGGCCAGUGCUGCCCUUUCCAGUGAGACGCGGCAGGGCAGGAGUGAGAAGAGGGUUUUCCCACGGAAACGGGACUUCACUUGUGAAGCUGCAGCUGUGGGCUCCAUCCUGGAUGUGUCUGCGUCUCCCCUGUCCCCGCACCGCCGGGCAAAGUCACUGGACAGAAGGUCCACAGAGUCCUCUAUGACGCCUGACCUGCUGAACUUCAAGAAGGGCUGGUUGACAAAGCAGUACGAGGAUGGGCAGUGGAAGAAGCACUGGUUUGUGCUGACCGACCAGAGCCUGAGAUACUACCGGGAUUCAGUGGCUGAGGAGGCAGCUGACCUGGAUGGAGAAAUCGAUUUAUCCACGUGCUAUGAUGUUACUGAGUACCCGGUGCAGCGAAACUACGGCUUCCAGAUCCAUACGAAGGAAGGGGAGUUCACUCUCUCAGCCAUGACGACGGGCAUUCGCCGCAACUGGAUCCAGACCAUCAUGAAGCACGUUCGUCCCACCACUGCUCCAGAUGUAACAAGCUCUCUGCCGGAAGAGAAAAGCAAAACAAGCUCUUCCUUCGAGACUGGUCCAAAGCCAAGCGAGAAGCCAGAUGCAGAACAAGCUGAGCUGGACCCGGAGCAGAAGCGGAGCCGUGCCCGGGAGCGCCGGCGAGAAGGACGGUCCAAGACCUUUGACUGGGCUGAAUUUCGCCCCAUCCAGCAAGCCCUGGUGCAGGAGCGUGCGAACACUGCAGACUCCUCCAGUAGCGGCUCUGCCACCUUCCCCAGGGACACCGGUGCCACCGACACCGACCCGGGAGAGCUGGAGCGGGAGCGGGCCCGGCGGCGGGAGGAACGGCGCAAGCGCUUCGAGAUGAUCGAUGCUGUGGAUGGGGCAGGGUCGGAAGAGGCGCUGAGGAUGGAGGUGGAUCGGAUCCUGCCCGUCCCAGCAGACAUCAAACCGCAGAACGUCCACGUGGAGAUCGAGCAGCGCUGGCACCAAGUGGAGACCACCCCGCUGCGGGAGGAGAAGCAGAUCCCCAUCACGCCACUGCACCUCGCCCAUGCUGAGGACCGGGAUGAGGGGCUGUCGAAGCAGCACUUGACCACACUGCUGGAGAAGGAGCUGGAGCAGAAGCAGAAGGAGGCUCUGGAGCUCCUGGAGCAGAACCGGCACCUGCAGGACCAGCUGAAAGUGGCACUGGGCCGGGAGCAGAGCGCCCGUGAGGGCUACGUGUUGCAGACCGAGGUGGCCGCCUCGCCAUCAGGUGCCUGGCAGAGGCUCCACAAAGUCAACCAAGACCUCCAAAGCGAGCUGGAAGCCCAAUGCCAGCGCCAAGAGCUGAUCAAUCAGCAGAUUCAGUCGCUGAAGCGCAGCUACGCCGAGGCCAAGGACGUGAUCCGGCACCACGAAGCUGAGAUUCAGAGCCUGCAGGCGAGGCUCAGCAACGCAGCUGCAGAGCUUUCUAUCAAGGAGCAGACCCUGGCCAAGCUCAAGAGCGACCUGAGGAGCGAAAAGGAGAAAGCCAAAGAGCAGUUGGAGGAGUGGCAGCACGGCGAGGCCGCGCUCAGCUCCCAGCUAAAGGCCAGCGAGCAGAAGCUGAAGAGCGCGGAGGCUCUGCUCCUGGAGAAGACCCAGGAGCUGCGGGACCUGGAAAUGCAGCAGGCUCUGCAAAGGGACCAUCAGAAGGAGGUGCAGCGGCUCCAAGACAGGAUCGCGGACCUGAGCAGGCAGCUGAACGCCAGCGAGCAAGCGCGGAUGCUCAUGGAGGAGAAGCUGCAGAAGAAUUACGAGGCUUUGCUGGAGAGUUGUGAGAGGGAGAAGCAGGUUUUAAUACGGAGCCUGAAGGAGGUGGAGGAUAAAGCCAAUGAGUAUGAGAUCCAGCUGCAGAACAGCGAGCAGCAAAUGGAGAUCCUGCAGAAGGAGAAGCUGAGUGCCAAGUUCGAAGGCAGCGAGCUUGUCCACCAGUUGGAGGAGCAACUACUGAUGAAGGAGGCCAGCAUCCAGAAACUGGCAGAGCACAUCAAGGAGCUCGAAAGAGAGAGAGAUCAGAUCAAAUGUCGGUUCCAUGAGCUCAUGAAUCAGGUUGCUGAGUCGGAUAAUGAAGUGGCAAAGCUGCAAGCAAAGUUGAAAAUGGAAGAGACCAACUACCACAACCUGGAGCAGUCGUUCGAGGAGGUGUCGGAUCAGUUCCAGGGUGUGCAGGAGGUGCUGAAGGAGAAAGAAGAAGAGCUGAGACACGUUAAGGAAAUGCACUUGAGAAUUGUGGAGAAGAAAGAUCAAGAUCUCAGUGAGGCUUUGGCUAAAAUGGUUGCUUUAGAUAGCAGUUUGGAGGAGACUAAAAUAAAGCUAAAGGCCAAGGAGGAGGCUUUAAAGAAAUUGGCUAGUGUAGGCACAGGUCCAUGUGCUGAGGAGGCAGAAGAGCUUGGCCACGAUCUCGAGGCUGACGAAAGUCAUCCAUCCCAACUAGGGCAGCCUCUGCAAACUCAGGAUGUCCUCCCAGCUCUGACUUAUGCACUGAAGGAGGAGGACGAUGAGGUUCUUGAGACCAGCCAGAGGCAAACAGAGGAAUUUGGCUCCCCAUCCAAAGCUGUAGAGCUCCAGGACCAAGAGCUGGUUCAGAAAGCCUUAACAAAGCCCGAUGUAGGAAUCAUGGGGGCCAAGAGGCAAAGAAUCCGUUUCUCAAGCAUCCAGUGCCAGAAAUACAUCCAUCCAGAUGGAUCAGAGAAGAACUGGACAAGCAGCACCUCUUCAGACACAAGCCAGGACAGAUCACUGUCUGAAGAAAGCAUGUCAUCAGAGCCAGCUCUUGGUUACCUGUCAUCGGGGACAAGUGACUCUGAGACCUAUCUCUCAAUCAUCCAUUCCCUGGAAACCAAACUUUAUAUCACAGAGGAAAAGCUCAAAGAUGUAACGAUGAAGCUUGAGAGCCAGCACGGCCAUAACCAGGAGACACUCAUUGCCCUCCACCAUCAGUGGGCCAGCACCGAGACUCAGCUGCGGGAACAGCUUCAGACCAGCUUAUCCCAAGUCAGUGCUUUGAUCUCGCAGCUGGAGAAUGAGAGGCAGGAGAAGUUCAAGCUCAUAGAAAGCCACGUUAGCGAGCUGGGAGGUUUCCAAAUGAGAAAUGAUCAAGCUCUGACUUGCUUAGAGAAGUGCAGGGAGCAACUGAGAUCUUUACCCACAUCAGACAAGGAGAAAGAGGGUGAUUUGUUCCUUGUUACUCUCUCCAGCAUGGAAACAACCUUAUCAAACGCAAUCCAAGCCUUGAGAGGGGCGCCAAUCCCAUCAGAGUAUCAGCAGAGUGAAAGGCUUAUCACGAAUAGCCCUCCUCCAGAAGGAGGUUAUGUGGGAGAAGAGGAGCAUGUCUCCAAGGAGCAGCGAGUGGAAGUGUUUGACAUGGGCCAGCUGAGGUGGCUCUCGGAGAGAGUGGCAUUUGAGGCCUCUCUCAUCAACCAAAUAGCAGAGUCCUUGAAAAACGCGAGCUCUGAGAUAUCUCAGCUUCUGAGAGAGAUCCAGGGAACGGCUGAGGUGGUGGUGUUGGAGCCAGCAAAUGUUUCUCAUACAGCCAUCAGUUUGGCCAGCGUCCUAUCUAAGAAGCUGCUGCUGGAAGGGGAGUUCUGGAGCCAAGUGGAGGAGCUGAGAGUGCACUUGAGCACCAGAGAAGGAGAAGCUGAGGGCAAACCAGAAACAACAAGUUUGGGCUUUUCUCCGUGUUUUCUCAGUGCUGUAGCAGAUGCUACAUUGGUCAAGGCAGAACUUGGGUUUGUUGCACAGAAAAUGAGAGAAUCUUUUCAUCAGAGAUUAAAAACCAUUGAAGAAGACCUCCAUAAUACCAAAACAGCUCUCCAGCAGCAUAAGUGCAUGUUGGAGGAGAUCAUCAAAGCGUACAGGACUCCUGAUUUUGACAGAGUUAUGCACCAGAUUUCUGAAGCACUUGAGAUUCAGAAAGAUGCUUCAGAAAGAACCCAAAUCUCCUGGGAUGGGAGCCGUCUCCAAAUGGGACAGUGUCAGGAAUUAGCCAAGGUGGAGCAGAUGGGCAGCCUGCAGGACUGUAGCAGUGAAGCUCUUGUUUCCAUUCAGGAAGAUCUUGCCCAACAACUAAAGGACAAAGCUAAUGUUCUGAAGGAGAUAUCUGUUGCCUUACUCUCUCUGCCUCCUGAGGAGGCAAUGAGAGACUGUCAGAAGCUCCUGAAGAUAUCUCAGAGUCUUUCGUAUCAUUCGUGCAUGGGAGACCUUGAAAGGUAUUCCUCUUUGUUAGUCCACGAUGCAAUUGUUCAGGCUCAGGUUUGUUAUGCUGCUUGCAAAGUGCGGCUGGAGUAUGAAAGAGAGAUGAAGUCCUACAAGGAGUCCUUGCAGAGCAUGGAUGCUCUCUGCCAAGAGCGCGUGAAGACGGUCUCUCUCCUUCGGGAUGAGUAUGAAGACUUGCUUAGGAAGCAGCAGGGUGAGUACAGCGAGGUGAUUGCCAUGCUCGAAAGGGAGAAUGCUGAUCUCAAAGCAAAGGUAGCCCAGCUCGACAGUCAGAGGAGGCUCCUGGAGGAAGAAGAGCAUAAGCACAGCAAGAGCUUGAGUGAGUUACAGGGACGGUAUGAAGAGGAGAUCCGAAACGUGAUAGAGCAGCUGAACAGGACAGAGGAUGCUCUGAAGGCUGAGAGGACGGAAGGGCUCAACCAGCUGGAUGCCAUUGUCCGUGACAAGCAGAACAUGGAGCGAUACCACCUGGAGCAGAUGCAGAUGCUGGAGGACAAGUUCCAAGCCAAGAUCAAGGAGCUGCAGGUCAUCCACAGCGAGGAGCUGCAGGCACUGCAGGAGCACUACAACCAGAACCUGCAGCGCCUGCAGGAGACCCUGGAUGAGUACCAGAGGCAGCACCCCGAGGUGUCCCCCGCCAUGGACCCGGGUGAUGGGGAUGCCUGGGUGGCCACUGAGGCUGGUGGCACCGGACAGGACCCUGGGAGUGACCUGGACUCCAUGCAUGGCCUGCGGGAACGCAUCCAGGAGCUGGAGGCCCAGAUGAAUGUCAUGAGGGAUGAGCUGGAGAACAAGCAUUUAGAAGGGAACGCUUCCACCUUGAGGGAGAAAUACCAGAAAGACUUUGAAAACUUAAAGGCAACAUGUGAAAGGGGCUUUGCAGCCAUGGAGGAGACACACCAGAAGAAGAUUGAGGACCUGCAGCGGCAGCACCAGCGGGAGCUGGAGAAGCUGCGGGAGGAGAAGGACCGCCUGCUGGCAGAGGAGACGGCUGCCACCAUUUCAGCCAUUGAAGCCAUGAAGAACGCGCACCGGGAGGAGCUGGAGCGGGAGCUGGAGAAGUCCCAGCGCUCCCAGAUCAGCAGCGUCAACGCCGACAUCGAGGCCCUCCGAAGGCAAUACCUGGAGGAGCUGCAGUCGGUGCAGCGGGAGCUGGAGGUGCUUUCGGAGCAGUACUCCCAGAAGUGCUUGGAGAACGCUCACCUGGCGCAGGCGCUGGAGGCUGAGAGGCAGGCCCUCCGCCAGUGCCAGCGCGAGAACCAGGAGCUCAAUGCCCACAACCAGGAGCUGAAUAACCGCCUGGCUGCGGAGAUCACGCGAUUGAGGACCCUGCUGACCGGGGAGGGCGGGGGAGAGGCUGCUGGGUCGCCUCUUACACAAGGCAAGGAUGCCUACGAGCUGGAGGUCCUGCUGCGGGUCAAAGAGUCAGAAAUCCAGUACCUGAAGCAGGAGAUCAGCUCCCUCAAAGACGAGCUGCAGACAGCACUGAGGGAUAAGAAAUACGCCAGCGACAAGUACAAAGACAUCUACACAGAGCUGAGCAUCGUGAAGGCCAAGGCAGACUGUGAUAUCAGCAGGUUGAAAGAGCAGCUGAAAGCAGCCACAGAAGCUCAGGGAGAGAAAUCCCCUGUGAACACCACUGUAUCGGGAUAUGAUAUUAUGAAAUCAAAAAGCAACCCUGAUUUCUUGAAGAAAGACAGAUCCAGUGUUAGCCGGCAACUAAGGAAUAUCAGGUCAAAGUCCGUUAUUGAGCAGGUCUCAUGGGAUAACUGAAAUGAACCCGAGUCCAGGUUCCCUGCCACGUAGAGUCUGAAGGAAGGCCUGACUGUGCAAGAACGCCUGAAGCUUUUUGAAUCCAGGGACUUGAAGAAUGCCUAGUUCUCCCCGCUCCGCUUGACCACGCGCACCUCCCAGCUUGAGGCAGCACAGCACCAGCACCGUUUGUCUCUCCUUCCUUACGACUGUCCUUUUGCUGUCGUUCGUCUCGAUGCCCCCGACGGGACCCGGCGCCGCGGUGGUGGUGCCACCCCUUUGCCUUCCCAGCUCCUUUCCCUUGCUUGUGAGAUGCUCCAGAGACUCUUGAGAGGGAGAGGAAGGGAUCGGAGUGGGGUGGUUUUCCCCCUCCUCUCUUUGGCGCUUUGUAGGAGAAUCCCUCCUUUACUGUAAACCAUUACACUAAGUGUCAGUAUUAAGGCUCAGUAGCCUGUUAAUAAGCUAGCUCUGUCGUACCAACUGUUUUGGUAUGCAAGCAGGGCCUGGGUGGUGGUAUCAGCGUAUCAGCCAUUCCUAGCCCUUACUGCUGUCAAGAGACCCAGUGCUCAGAGCACGCCAGGAGCCUAAUCUAACCAUUGGAUCUCGAUUGCAUUACUUGCACCUACAAGGGGGGGAAAGCCUGGGGGAAGCUGUCGGGGAGCGCAGGUCCGUGUCGGCGUACGCAGCCUGGAGGUACAAACACUGACAUCCCGCUGGAGAAGGAUGCAAGAAGUGAUUCUCCUGCCCCGUGACUCUGCCGUAUCCUGAAUGUAGGCGAUGCCGGAGCCUGGUGGAGCUUUGGUGGCUGCAGUAGUUGUGGAUAGGGAGCUGCAGAUGCUCCAGCGCACCAUCGAGUCCGCCCCAGCCGCGUGUCUUUGCCUCCCGUCUCGCUGGUGGUUGGAGUUGGUGUUUUGGGGGCCCGAGCUUUAAGAUCACUUCCUUGCCUCUGUUAGAUCAAGCCCAGCACUCUCUUUUAUUGCUGUUACUCCCUUCCUCUCAUUGAGUCCCGUGUAUCCCAGGGUCUGUGCGCAUGUGAAACUCCCUUUUCCUAGUCAAAGGAAAGUAGAGUAGAAAGUAGAGCCGAUAUUGACUGAAAAUGCACAGUGCUCAAUGCAUAUAAUGCCCCUUUUUUAUCAGCUUCUUGAAUUCAAACUCUUCUUGUCAGCAGGGCAGCUCCUAUUUUAAUUCUUUAAUCUUUUUUUUUUCCUGAAAUAAAGAUCUCAAAACCAGUAUGUGCUUCAGACCUUCUCAGUCCUGAUAGCUUCUGUAUUCAAAGAGCAUACAAUUCAGCACCGUGAGGCCCAUAAAGAGAUGCAAACUAAGAGAGCUGAGGGAGCUAGUAGCACUAGAUGCAGCACAUGAGGUUGUCUUCCUAGAAGCAGCCUGUGCUGCUUUAUCCCAGGCUGAUUUGCAAGAUGCCAUCUGUAAAGACCUCAGGUCCUGCCUCACCAAGCAGAGCUGAAGCAGUGCUCUGGCACAUUGGCUUCCCAGCCCUGUUUAGCUGCUUAUUGACCCACAUCACAUCGGGCUGGGCUGUUAAAGAUGCACCCAAGCCUUUACAUGGAGCAAAGCAUCGCCUUGUCUAUCAGGUGCUUAACACAUGGUUGAGGCAGCUCUAUGUGCUUUCAUGGCUGAUUUUGGGGCUGUUAGGUGGUUGUACAAGCACAGCCCAUAGAGCAAACUCUCCCUGCAGCCCUGGAGCAGUGAGCACCACAAGGCUGGUACCAGGCACCUCCAGUCCUGGCAGGUUGGACCAUGGUGGGUGAGAGUGUUCGCCCUCAUCCUUCCCAUCAGAGCAGCAAGCUUGUGUCUCAGACCCUCAGCAGGAGAUGGCUUCAUCGAACCACGACGUGCAUCAGGCUCUCAUCCAGCUUGCGUGGCCUUGCCAUGGCCAAGUGCUCAGCCUGGCACCUUGUGGCAGCACUCUGGUCCUGCCCAUAGGAGCCCCACUUGUCCCCAGCCAAGAUGCCAGUGCCGAGCAGUGAGCAGAGCACGUACAGGGAUGCUCUCCCAUUGCGGUGCUCUGUAAUCUCUGCCUGGGUGUACAUGGAAGUCCUGGAGAUAGGAGCAGGACAGGAAAGAUGCUCAACCACUUGGAUACAAAGGCUUUUCCCUCGUCAGCAGGCACGUGCCCUCAGAUGUUUUGGACCCAGGAGCCUUUCCAGCCAUGACCCACACGGACCACGUCUGAUCAGCCACCAGCCACUCCGAGAGUCUCAGUGCUGCUUCCUGCAUUGUGUUUGCUUUAACCCAUCAGCCAGCAGCUGCCUUAGUCCUCCUCCCAUCCCACCAUGGAGGAGCAUGGCCAGUGCUCUUCCCUUACAAGACAUCACUGGCUCCAGGAUGCCUUCCUUUUCCUCUUCUCUCAAGACAUACGAUGGGACUUUAUCCUUUUUAGCCAACCAAGAGGAACAUGUGCUGGUCUCCUUCUCGCCACGUGGACCCUGACCUUUCUUACAUCCCCUAGCAAAUCCUGCUUUUCCUUGCGUACUUCAUUUGCUCAGAAGCACUCAUGAGGACUAGAAGUCAUGUACUUGCUGUCUGCAUUGGCAUGUGGGUGCUGUGGAGGAUGCAAGACGGACCUUUUCUGAUCCAGGAUCAUGCCACUGAGUAUCUUGAGGCUCUCCAUGGGAGGGAUAUUAUCUGCUCUAUGCUUGCUCACACUAAGCAAUCCUCUCUUGCAGCUUAGUCCUAGGUAUUGAGUAGAAACACUUGAUUUCUUUGCCAGUGCUCCUGCUUGGAGCCUUAUUUCUUAAUAGAGAACAGCUUAGUGGAGGGCACGGGCAGAGCUACCAGGUGAAGCUCAUAUGUAAAUACACUAAUGGGAUUUGGGUGUUUAAGAGGGGUGAGGAAGGUGCUGCAGUGUGUUGGCAAAGGUGGCAGCACUUCAGUGGUGGAUGGGGCAGGAAGGAAGAAGAAGGUAAGAUAAAAACAGGGGUACAGAAGACAAGGAAGGUCAGGGAUGUGCUUUCUGCUUGUGCUCUGGCUCAGCAUUACCCUGUGAAGAGAGGCUGGAGUGUAGUGUUCUUAUUUAUAUACAUAUAUACUGGUGUUUAUGGGGGGGAAGUCAUUCGGGAACACUUGUACAGCUCUUGCUCCUUCCUAUGGAUGUGCCCAAGUGAGGGGCUGCAGGGAUGCAGCUGGAUUAUCUUCACUCUUUCCUGUGUUUUUACCUUAUUCUACACACAGUGUCAGUGCUCCCAUCACCCCCCAUCCUUCUGUAUGAACAGCAUCAGACAAGGGGGAUCAGCUGCUCAGAGGUUUGCUAUCAGGAUGCUUUCAUUUAAUGUUGGCAGCUUCUCUGGACCUGCAGAUAGCUGAGGAAGGCAGAACAGGCAGGUUUGCUGGGGAAAAAGGUAUAAACUGGCACUAACAACAAGAUGUAGCUGAAAUAGAACAGGAGGGCAGUGCAGGGAACGUGGUGUGUGAGGGACCAGUGGGACUGGCCGCCUCUGCCAUGAUUUUAGCAAUGUUUAAUAAGCCAAAUUAAUGAAUCUUUUUGCUGGAUGAUGUGGGUUUAAAGUGUUUAUCGCUAAGCAAAGGGGUCUCUCAUGAACAUGGUGGUGGUUUCAUGCUGUAGCAUGUAGGAGCAGCCGUCUGCCACUGCGGAAUUUGGUUCCUUUGAAAGCUAAGAGAGAGCCUGACUGUGCUGUCCCAAGGAGGUAUUAGGGGCCUUUUGGCACCCUCAGGAUCACCUGCACCCUUUGGGGCAGCACAUCACUGGGUUGGAAUGCUGUAUACGAUAUCCUAUGGUAGUAGCUAUGAGCUCUGGGGGUACCAGAGAAAGAGAGGAAGAGGGAUGAUGCUGUGGGAUGCAGACAGAUAUUGUGAAUGGUGGCUGCAAGCUCCAGGCUUUGGGGUCUGUUCUCCUCGCAGCCUGACAAGUAUUUAAGCAUCUCUCCAAAGCAAGAGGCAUUAUAGGAAGAGAUAAACAGCCAAUACAGCCAAUAAGCAGCCGAAAACAAAUAUUUCUGCAGAGAGCAGUGCUUUAAAAUAAAGGGAAACAAAGCAGAAAGCCAGCUGGGAAGCUUUUCACCUGUAUCAAUGUGCCGUAGUUAUCCUAUUGCUGCUUCCUGCUUCUCCCAUCUUUCAGGAUGAAUCAGUGGCAAUUUAAAUUAGGAAGUGUGUGGAGAGGGGAGGAAAGCAUCAGGGGGAGAGGGUGAGCUCCCCACUUGCACAGAAGGCUUUCAAAGUCUAUUUGCAUCAUCCCACUGCCCAGCAUCACCCUUUGGUGUGUGGUACCACUGCAGGGACCUGCUUCAGGUGCUUUCCAGGGCACCACAGCUACACAGCAACACGUAAAACACAAGCUGCUGCAUCUUGCACAGUUCUACACUGUUGGUAGUACCGAAAUGUGACGUGUAGGAAGAGUCAAGUGUGAGGAUGGUGCAGGCACAGGCUCCAAGUAAUGAUUUUCCUGUGUAAGAGUUUCGCACCAUUUGUCUCUCCUGAAACAGGCUGAAUCCUUCUUUAAAUGUGACCUUUUCUUUGCCCACAUAUAAAAGCAGCAGCAAAUUGUGUUCAUUUGCUUCAAACCCAGUAUCUUGCAACCCAGGAAGGUCUCUGUGUCAAUAGCAGUGUCCCCAGCACUGCAAAGUGUCUCCCUCUUGUACCAGCUCUGCACUUAGACUAGUCCUUUGCCUUUUCCCCUGGUCGGAUGCAGUACCUGGAUUGUGGCCACUGAAGCACUCACUGCAGCUUGCCUUUGCUCUGUAAUCUUUUCCCCCUUUUUAGAGAAGAAAACCCCAAGCUUUGUUAUUCUUGUCUUUUAAAAGAGUAAUUUAAAGCCUGUAUUAUAGUAUCCAGAGCACGCAUGUACAUAUUUAUUACUCAGCAAUCAGUGGAGGGGUCUCUUUUGUGCCUACGUUGUGGUUUUGAGGUUUAAAUCCUGGUUUAACCCAGAUGUCCCGCUUUGGUUGGGAGAAGAGCAAUGAGUGUGACAUGUCCAACCCACCCUAUAAACUGUCCUGGUUUGGUUUUAAUGACUGUUAUAAAUAUCUUUACAAACCUUUUCUGCUGACCUGUACCUUUACUUUUGGAGAUACUCGUCCAAAGAUCAUGCACAUGGUUUGAGAACUGUAACCUAUAAACUUGGGUUGGUUUAUUUCCAUACAGAGAGCUCCAUAAUGUUGUAUUUAUUUGGUAGUGGCAUGAAUAUCAUGCAUGUGCAGACUGUGACCUAGUGGUGUGCUACUAUAGAGCUACUCGGUGACGGAGCACACCAUGUGCAGUGGGUACGGGCUCGUGAGGCACUGCUGUAGUGCUGGAACUCCCGUGUGCAGCACAUUCCAGAUCCUCUUGGACUUCACAAGGGAACACCAGACCCUGCUGUACAGACACAUGUCCUGAAGCGCGCCGCAACUCACAAUGUGUAACUUCAGACAUAACUUGCAGUAUAAGAUGCUGCUGAGUUGAACUUAGGUGAUCCUGCAGUAGAAGGCAUUUCUCAUCAGAGAAUCCAAUGUACAGGAUCAGGGAGCACCAGGCUGGAAGCAACAGGCUUGCCCUGCCUCAGUCUGUGACUACUGAAGGAAACCAAGAGUGUGGGGUUUACUAGCAGAACCCUGAAGAGCCAAGUAAGUUGGUACUAACUGAACUAAGGCAGCUGGUCAUGAACUCCUCAAUGAUGAGUGCAAUCACUGUUGUGUUCUUCAUGCUUUCUCCAUGUGCUGCCCGUGUGCAGGAUUGACAAGAACACUCUUUGUUCUAAACUAGAGAUGGCAAAGCAUGUUGUAAGAUACUAGAGACCGUGGUAAGUAGGAAGCAGAUAUGAACACAGAGGCUUUGACCUGUGCCCACCCUCCUGGGACCUGGAGUUCUGGAUGGCUCGAGAUUUUAAGGAAUCAUUUUAAAGAAUCAGUUUUAUGGGAAAGGAUGAAGUUUUGGGGAGGAAAAAGGCAGCUCUGCAAGUCUGUGGUGGUACCUGGAGUGGUAUUGGUUGUCUUCCUCCUCCAUCCUAACAGGAACAGGCAGCUUUGCCUUGGUUCUAUCCAAGCAAAGCAGCUCAAACCCAGGCAGGCUUAUAGUGAGGAGAGAUGGGAGCACAGUUGUCCUCAAGCCCUGUCCAUCCAUAGGGCAGAACAGCCUCUUUUAAGGGGAUUUUCCACAGGGAUCAGUCCUGGAAAUGGCAUCUCAUGUGUCAUUUUGUCCCUCCGGAAAGAGGAGCAGGUGUUGGAGGCUCCUGUUCUUCAGUGUGUGCGAGCUCCUCUCUCCUUCCCUUCUCCCUUCCACUCCAGUUUAUUUCAGAGCUUAAGAGCCACCAUUCCCCACCAACUGCUCACUGUAACAGGUCACUUCUCACUGUAUUUAUUCCUUACAGCCCCCUGUGUGACAUGCUAGGUGCCCAUGGAUGUAGCUGAUCCUUUUUAUUUUGUAAAUAGAAUUACCUAACUUUACAUUAACUAUAUCCUAAUAAACUAUUUUUGCACCACCCUU